AUGUAAGACGAAGAAAAAAUAUUAGAAUAAUUAAAAGAACUUGAUAAAGCAUAAGACAAAAAUCCUGUAACCUUAGCAUCCUUGAAAACUUUGAAGUCUGCAAUCUAUAACAGAGAUGUUGAUUUAUAGACUGUCGUGAAAUUAAGAACCUUAAAUGAAACCACAUUGAAAUCAGAGAAUAUUAAAAUUUAUUUCUGUUCUCUCUGUGGAAAGAAGGCUAUUGGAGCAAAUAUCGGAUUAGAUACUCUUCCAACCAGAAGAUCAGAUAAUAGCAUUGCCAUCAAUUUAAAACAAAUAUUCGUCCGAUUGUUCCUGAAAUAGGAAGGCAUCAAAUAUAUAAAGCGAUCUAAUUCUGUUGAGAAACAAUAUCGUUGGUGCUGUGAAGAAUGUGGGGUACAUGUAGCUUAUCAAUGUGUGAGCUACGAAGAAGGUGCUUAAUUAAUUUAAGGAAAUUCAGAUAUCUAAUUAUCAAAUAAACCAUAUCUAUACGUGCUUAAUGAUGCAAUUGUGUUAAAUUAAUAAUUUUCAAAAGUACAUAGUGAAAUUGCUAAACUCAAAGAUCAAAUGGAAUAUGAAUAAUUAAAAUGA